AUGCCAGCCUUUCACUUCAUUCUUCUCGCUCUCAGCUUAUGUUUUUCUUCUCCUAUCUCUUCAGUUACCGGUGAUCAUGAAAUCCCACACAGAAACCUGGCAGAUUCCAUUUGUCCAUUGGAUUUCACUGUUGUCAGGAAAUUCAUUUUUGAUAGUCCUAGGAGACCUUCAUUUCUAGAUGUUCCAAGAAAGUGUCAAACCCUCCUUCAAGGUAUUCGUUUGGUUCGGUCCAACUAUCUUCGAGUCACCGGAAACUUUUCCCUUCCUCCCAUUUCCUCGGAGGUUUGUUUGGAUGUGUAUCAGAAGUUAGUCAAUGAAUUAGUACCCUGGUUGGAUAUUCGUUCCACUUGUGCCUUCGAUGCCACUUUGCUAUCAAAAAGUUGCAACAACAUAUCAACUCGAUUCCAAUUCGAAGGUCUUAUUUCGAAACCGGAGUUGCAGGAAGUUAAUCAUCUUUGCAACCGCUCUUUAGAUUAUGAUUCUUCAUGCACACCAUGCCAGGGUGCCUUAUAUAGCAUUUAUCAAUCAUACUUCAUCGAGAAUGCAUCAUAUUGUUCAGGGUACCCCUUCAUAUACGCCGGGGCAUUGGCUAAUCGCGAGGGGCCGGCUGAUUCGGGCACUGCAAAGUGCUUGUUCUCCCUUGAUUACACUUCAACUAAUGCAAACAACUGGAAGAAGAAAGCUAUUCUUUGUGCCACCCCUAUAGGCGCUGCUAUUGGCUUGAUCAUCACAGUUAUGGUGAUCUGGUUUAGUUGGAGAAGAAAACAGAAAUGGAAGAGAAGACAUAAUAGUGUCACCCUGAACGAGACAGAUGCGGGUUUUGGAAUAGAAACGAUAAGUGGAGAUAGCAGUUCGGUCAUGUUCACAUUUGAAGAAAUCAAAAAGGCUACAAAGAAUUUCUCAAGGGAGAAUAUUGUAGGGAAAGGAGGAUAUGGGAAUGUUUAUAAAGGUAUAUUAGAAGAUGGAUCCGAAGUUGCAUUGAAAAGGUUCAAAAACUGCUCUGCUGCCGGGGAUGCAACUUUUGCACAUGAAGUGGAGGUUAUUGCAAGUAUUAAUCAUGUCAAUCUUGUUCCUUUCAGAGGCUAUUGCACUGCCACGGUUCCUGUGGAAGGUCACCAGAGAAUAAUCGUGUGCGAUUUGAUGCAAAACGGAAGCUUAUACGACCAUCUUUUUGGAUCAGAAGUUACCAAGCUUAGUUGGCCUAUUCGUCAGAAAAUUGCCAUUGGAGUGGCACGGGGACUGGCAUACCUCCAUUAUGGUGCACAGCCUGCUAUCAUACAUAGAGAUGUUAAGGCUAGUAACAUACUUCUAGAUGAUACGUUUGAGCCAAAACUGGCAGAUUUUGGCCUUGCAAAGUUCACUCCAGAUGACUUCUCUCAUAUGAGCACCAGGGUAGCUGGAACUCUAGGGUACGUAGCCCCGGAGUACGCUUUAUACGGGCAACUAACAGAGAGAAGUGAUGUUUACGGCUUCGGGGUUGUCCUGCUUGAGCUUUUAAGCAGUAAGCAAGCAGUUAUUUCCAUUAAUGAUCAUCACACAUUGCUUUUGACUGACUGGGCUUGGUCAUUGGUCGAAGAAGGCAGAGUAUUCGAUGUUAUCGACGAAAAUGUGCUGGAAUUAGGCCCUCCAGAAGUAAUGGAGAAAUAUGUUUUGUUAGCAAUUCUUUCUUGUCAUUCACAGUUAUACGCUAGGCCAACAAUGAACCAGAUUGUGAGAAUAUUGGAAACCGAUAUUCCAGUUCACUCAAUUCCGAAACUUCCUUUCCAACAGAAAUCAGCCAACUUCAGUUCGUCGCGCAGCAUGUCAAGCGCCUGCGCUGAUGAUAAACAUCCAUGUAACUGUAACGAGUAA